AUGGCACAGCUGUCUGGUCGCAGCGGUGCUGCUAAGCCGUUCACGGCUUGGACGACCAUCUUCUACCUUCUUCUUGUCUUUAUCGCACCAUUGGCUUUGCUUGGAACCGCACACGCCCAGGAGGAAUCAGUACAGGAUAACUAUGGAACUGUCAUCGGUAUUGAUUUGGGAACCACCUACUCUUGUGUCGGUGUUAUGCAGAAUGGAAAGGUCGAGAUUCUCGUCAACGACCAAGGAAACCGUAUCACUCCUUCCUACGUGGCCUUCACGGAUGAGGAGCGCUUGGUCGGUGACGCCGCGAAGAAUCAAUACGCCGCUAACCCGGUCCGGACUAUCUUUGACAUCAAGCGAUUGAUUGGUCGCAAGUUCGAUGACAAGGAUACCCAGAAGGAUUCCAAGCACUUCCCUUUCAAGAUUGUCAACAAGGAUGGAAAGCCCGUUGUCAAGGUCGACGUCAACCAGACCCCCAAGACCCUCACUCCCGAGGAGGUUUCCGCCAUGGUCUUGGGUAAGAUGAAGGACAUCGCCGAGGGCUACCUUGGAAAGCAGGUUACCCACGCCGUUGUUACUGUCCCCGCUUACUUCAACGACGCCCAGAGACAGGCCACCAAGGAUGCCGGUACCAUUGCUGGUCUGAACGUUCUCCGUGUCGUCAACGAGCCCACCGCCGCCGCUAUCGCGUAUGGUUUGGACAAGCAGGGUGACGAGCGCCAGGUUAUCGUCUACGAUCUUGGUGGUGGUACUUUCGAUGUUUCCCUUCUGUCAAUCGACAACGGCGUUUUCGAGGUCUUGGCUACCGCUGGUGAUACCCACCUUGGUGGUGAGGACUUCGACCACCGUGUCAUGGAGUACUUCAUUAAGCAGUACAACAAGAAGAACAACGUUGACAUUACCAAGGACCUCAAGUCCAUGGGUAAGCUCAAGCGUGAGGUUGAGAAGGCCAAGCGUACUCUGUCUUCCCAGAUGUCGACUCGCAUUGAAAUCGAAGCCUUCCACGACGGCAACGACUUCUCUGAGACUCUGACCCGCGCCAAGUUCGAAGAGCUGAACGUGGACCUUUUCAAGAAGACCUUGAAGCCUGUUGAGCAGGUGCUCAAGGACGCCAAGGUCAAGAAGUCCGAAGUUCAGGACAUCGUUCUUGUCGGUGGUUCUACACGUAUUCCCAAGGUCCAGUCUCUCCUCGAGGAGUUCUUCAACGGCAAGAAGGCCAGCAAGGGCAUCAACCCUGAUGAGGCCGUUGCGUUCGGUGCCGCUGUUCAGGGUGGUGUCCUCUCUGGUGAGGCAGGAACUGACGAAAUUGUUCUGAUGGAUGUCAACCCUCUUACCAUGGGUAUUGAGACUACCGGUGGUGUGAUGACCAAGCUCAUCCCCCGUAACACCGUCAUCCCUACCCGCAAGUCCCAGAUCUUCUCUACCGCCGCUGACAACCAGCCCACGGUCUUGAUCCAAGUUUUCGAGGGAGAGCGUUCUAUGACCAAGGACAACAACCUUCUCGGCAAGUUCGAGCUUACCGGUAUUCCUCCGGCUCCCCGUGGCGUUCCCCAGAUUGAGGUCUCUUUCGACCUUGAUGCCAACGGUAUCCUGAAGGUCGGCGCCAGUGACAAGGGAACUGGCAAGAUCGAGUCUAUCACCAUCACCAACGACAAGGGUCGUCUGACUCAGGAAGAAAUUGACCGCAUGGUUGCCGAGGCUGAGCAGUUCGCUGAGGAGGACAAGGCCAUCAAGGGCAAGAUCGAGGCGCGCAACGGACUGGAGAACUACGCCUUCAGCUUGAAGAACCAGGUCAGCGAUGAUAAGGGCCUGGGUGGUCGCAUUGAUGAGGAUGACAAGCAGACCAUCUUGGACGCCGUCAAGGAGGUCAACGACUGGCUCGAGGACAACGCGGCCACUGCUUCCACCGAGGACUUUGAGGAACAGAAGGAGCAGCUGUCGAACGUCGCCUACCCGAUCACUAGCAAGCUGUACGGCGGCGCCGCGCCUGAAGAGGACGAGGAGCCCAGCGGGCAUGACGAACUGUAA